CUGCCCCAUGGACUACCCCCACACGCUGAAGAUCUGGCCUCGGAAUUGGAGCAGCAUUAUCUCAACAGCCCCGAAUGGCUUCCCAUCCAUGACUUUGAAAGGUCCCACAGGUUCUGGCCCCGAGAGAAGGAGGUCCAAUCUCUCUUCGCGCUGGAGGUCACACCUGUGCACUCCACCCUCCAGGCUGAACGCAAUCCCACCACCGGGGAGCUGCUGGGUUUUAAAGAGGCACUUGUGGACAACACGGGAUUGUCAGCCAAGAAUUCUCUUUCCUUCCAGCGAGCGCCUGGUCCCCCCUCUGAAUCUCUGAGAGGCAGUGCCACCAACUACCCCUUCUGGCCAGGUGGGAUAGAUGAGCCUAGCUUGGAACUGAUUAAGGCCCAAGAAGAUAAGGAAGAGGACAUUGAUUUUGAGAAAGAUUUGCUGACAGUGCCACCUGGAUGGAAGAAAGGGGUGGAAUUCACCAAACAAGAGAUCAUGGCCUCCCCAGGAUUGCUGAAUUUGACCAAUUUGCUGGGUGCACUGGACACCUUUGAGCUGGAGGCCUCCAGUGAUGAAGAAAGCAAAGAGAAGACAGAGGAAGUGGAGAAGAGGAGGAAGAGAGGAAAGAAUAAGGGAGCAAGGGAAGAAGAGAUCCCUCCAGCAGAACCAGCACCAUUGCACAGAGUGAACAGCUUGGAGGAACUGGUGCUUAAGGAGAUGACACCUGUCCCUGAAUCAGCUCCACAGGCUGCCCCUGCCCCGGCUGCAGUGCCCCCUAAAGAACAGUGGGCUAUCCUGGUGGAUAUAAGCUCCCCCGUGGACGAUUUCUACAAGCUAAUUCCUGAUCCAGCCUUCCAGCACCAUCUACACAUCCCCAAUCAAAGCGCUUUCUAACCAGAAGUUUCGGGAUUUCAAGAACACCUUUGGGGAUGUUGGCUUGCUGACAGGAGAUGUGCAGCUGCAUCCGGACGCCUCCUGCCUCAUCAUGACAACCGAGAUCCUCAGGUCUAUGCUCUAUAAUGGCUCCGAUGUCCUCAGAGACCUAGAGUGGGUGAUCUUUGAUGAAGUGCAUUACAUUAAUGAUUCUGAGUGGCCUUUUGAGCCUGACGUUUUCCAGAAACAGGCAAUUCUCCACUUGGAGAAGCAUGAUUCAGUUUUUGUCGCCGCCCACACCUCUGCGGGAAAGACUGUCGUGGCCGAGUACGCCAUUGCUCUGUCGCAGAAGCACAUGACGCGAUCAACCAAGCUUGCACAGUUUUGGAGAGGGGAGGGAAGAGCUCACCAAUAUAACACUGUUUGUGGAAUUCCUGCUUUUGACAGGCGAAUCAAGCGGAAGAAGAUUUAUGUGAUCAGCACACUGAAGCGCCCUGUUCCACUGGAGCAUUAUCUGUACACGGGAAAUAGCCAGAAGACGCAGAAUGAGCUUUUCCUCCUGGUGGAUGCCCGGGGGACGUUCCUUACGAAGGGGUAUUAUGAUGCUGUAGAUGCCAAAAAGGACCGAAGUAGCAAACACUCCCAGACCUUUGGGGCCAAGCAGCCAAUGCAUGCAGGAACCGGGCCAGGCCAAGACAAGAACAUCUGGCUCUCCCUCAUUGACAUGCUGCGCAAGAAGGACCAGCUGCCAGUGGUGGCCUUCACAUUCUCUCGCAAUCGCUGCGAUGAAAACGCCUCCAUGCUCACCACCAUCGACCUGACCACCGCGACGGAGAAAAGCGAGAUCCACGUCUUCUUCCAGAAGUGCAUCUCACGACUGAAGGGCACCGAUCGGCAGCUGCCUCAGCGGAAUACAUCCAGAUGGCAGGCCGGGCUGGGCGUCGAGGUCUCGACACCACGGGGAUGGUGAUUAUUCUGUGCAAAAACCAAGUGCCUGAAAUGUCAGACCUUCACCGCAUGAUGUUGGGCAAACCUACUCGGUUGCAGUCCCAGUUCCGCCUGACAUACACCAUGAUCCUAAACCUGUUGAGGGUGGAGGCACUCCGCGUGGAAGACAUGAUGAGGAGAAGCUUCUCCGAGUUUCACACCCGGAAAGACAGCAAGGUCUAUGAACACAGAAUCGGCCAGCUGAGCAGUAUGUUAGCCAAGAUGGAAAUGCCAGACACCUCAAGGCAGCUCGGCGACUUACAGGAGUAUUAUUCUGUCGUCCGAGAACUGCGAGAGAUACGGGAGUGCGUUCAGAGGCGCGUCAUGGAAUCGAUGAACGGAUUGAAAGCCCUUUCUGUGGGGCGAGUGAUUGUGGUGAACAACCAAGAGCACAAGAACGCCCUGGGAGUCAUCUUGCAGGUUUCUUCAGAUGCAGCCAAUCGGGCCUUCAGCACUUUAGUGAUGUGUGAGAAGAACUCCAUGGAGCGAGACUUGACUGAAGGCGAGGAGUUGAAUCCUCCUCCAUCUGAAGAAGUGCCUCUACCCGAGGAUCUUCUCCACACAAAGCUCUUCCUUCCUGAAGGCCCCUGUGGACACACCAUAAAGAAACUGGGCCCCGCAGAUAUUCUGGGCAUCACAACGAAAACCCUCCGCGUUAAUGCUGAGCGUAUCCUGGAGGAUUUCAGGAAACGACAAAUGCCUAGGUUCAGCCAGUUGGGCUUUUUUUUCAAUCGACCCUUCUGGUCCCUUCAGGUCUUGCGUUCCCUGGGCUACAUCAACGAAGGAGGAGCCGUGGAGCUCAAGGGGAGCGUUGCCCGUCAGAUCAGCAACCAUGAGCUGCUCCUGACGCAGCUGCUUCUGGACAACGCCCUGACCGACCUGCGGCCCGAGGAGAUCGUGGCCUUGCUGAGCUGCACGGUGUGCCAGGUGCGCACCCAGGUGGAGCCCCAGCUGCCCUCCGUCCUUCAGAAGCCCUUUGCCGAGAUCGCCCACCUGACCGAUGUGCAGGAAGGCAUUAUCGUCCGCUGCAUUCAGCGCCUGGAUGAAACCUGUCGCGAGAUGCGCAACGCUGCUCGGGUGACGGGGGAGCCGACCCUGCACGCAAAGAUGGAAGCCGCCUCCAACAUGAUCAAGAGAGACAUUGUCUUUGCUGCUAGCCUCUACACCCAGUGAGAGGGACAUGCUGGCUGGACUGUGGAUCCAUUUGGCCAUCCUGGGAAGUUCUCACUCCAUUAUUCUGACCUCUAAGAGGUUUUGCAAUGCAUCUGCAGAGAUAAACAAUAAAAAUAUGUCCUUGUCCCAGACAAGGAAAGUUGGUCGCCUAUGUUCAUGUAGUAAAGCCGGGGUCCACAACCUGUGGGACACAGCCCCACUAGUGGGCCCUGAUGGUGUUUGCAGCUGGGACAUGGAAAUGGCUGGCAAGUGCACAUCCUUGCGUGAGCAAAGGAUUGAGUGCAUGCUCGCGCGCUCCAUUUGUGUGAACAGCAGGCUGCUUAUGUAAUUGUUGCCACACGCUGCCAGUCAAACAACCGCAUCCCCUCCCGCUGUUCUGCAAAGCCAGAAACGUUGGGGAACUCUGCAGUAAAGGAUAUGGCCCUACUAUUAGGGAACUGGAGGCUAAAACGUGAAGAACAGUUGCUGGAAUUGGGUAUGUCU